AUGAAGAUAGUUCUUAUUAUUACAAUCGUUCUUGCUACUUUUUGUGUGGUAAAAGCCUUACCCCAAGCUGCUUCGCCAGGUUCACCAGCUUCACCCCCUCAAAUUUCAAUUAAUGACUAUCCACCUGCUGAUGAAGUACCAGACACUAAUCACCCUCAAGUCCAAGCAUGGUUAAAAGAAAUAGAUCUAUCAAAUGUUCCAAACCUUCCAAUUUCAAAUGGUGGUGUAAUUAUUACUCAUCAAGCUCCUAAAUGUGAUCCUCCGACUGUAAUUAAACCAGAUCAAGGUUCUUGGACUUGCCAAAAAUUCACUGCAAAAGACGAUGUUAUAUUUUGUCCAAAUGUUGGUGAAUGGGGACUAACAUAUGACGACGGGCCAUCAGAGUCAACACCCAAGUUAUUAGCCAAUUUGAGUGAGCUUAAUAUUAAAGCUACAUUUUUUGUAAUAGGAAGCCAUGUUAUCAAUAAUCCACAAAUUCUCAAAUCUGCUUAUGAUUCUGGUCAUAAUAUCGCAGUACACACUUGGUCUCAUCCGGCACUUACCUCCCUUCCGAAUGAAACCAUCGUUGCUGAAUUAAAAUGGACUAUGAAGGCUAUUAAAGAAGUUAUUGGUGUUACUCCUCUAUAUAUGCGACCUCCAUACGGUGAUACUGAUAAUCGUGUUCGUGCUAUUGCUCAUGCUGUUGGUUUGAAAACCGUCAUUUGGACUCUAAAUUUCGAUAGUAAUGAUUGGGGUCUUACUUCCAACCCUCCUACUCAGACAGACGACUCUGUUCUAAAUACCUUUGAUUCUUGGAUGAAAAAUUUCACUACAAUGGGAAAUGGGUUCAUUUCUCUCGAACAUGAUUUUGCUCCAAAAACUGUUGACGUUGCAAUUCAAAUUAUUAAUAAAGCUGCUAAAGUACCAAAUUUGAAGAUUAUGACUGUACCUCAAUGUAUUGGUGAUAAUAACCCUUACUCAACUUAG